AUGAUGGAGCCAUGCUCCAGCGUCAAAGACAGGAUUGGAUUUAGUAUGAUUAAUGAUGCAGAGAAAAAGGGUCUUACAAAGCCAGGAGAGAGUGUGUUGAUUGAGCCAACAAGUGGAAACACCGGAGUUGGGUUAGCAUUCACGGCGGCUGCAAAAGGAUACAAGCUUAUUAUCACAAUGCCAGCUUCAAUGAGCGCUAUCGCAAAGGCUCCUCUUUUGGCGAAAACACCGAAUGGUUACAUGCUCCAACAUUUUAAUAACCCUGCCAACCCAAAGAUCCACUAUGAGACUACUGGACCUGAGAUAUGGAAAGGCACUGGUGGUAAAAUUGACAGCUUUGUCUCUGGGAUUGGUACUGGUGGUACCAUAACAGGUGCAGGAAAGUAUCUUAAGGAACAAAACCUGAGCGUAAAGCUGUAUGGAGUGGAGCCAGUUGAAAGUACUAUUCUCUCCGGUGGCAAGCCAGGCCCUCACAAAAUCCAAGGGAUAGGUGCUGGUUUUAUACCAAGUGUGUUGGAUGUUGAUCUUAUAGAUGAAGUUGUUCAAGUUUCGAGUGAUGAAUCCAUCGACACGGCAAGACUUCUUGCUCUUAAAGAAGGUCUUCUUGUGGGAAUAUCAUCUGGUGCAGCAGCAGCCGCAGCAAUCAAACUUGCCAAGAGGCCAGAAAAUGCCGGCAAGCUUUUCGUGGCGGUGUUCCCAAGUUUCGGAGAGAGGUACCUGUCGACUGUACUAUUCGACGCGACAAGGAAAGAAGCGGAAGCCAUGACCUUCGAGGCUUGA